CCUUCCCGCUGAGAAAAGAUAUGAGAGAGAGACUACAACUCCCAGAUGCUUUUGCUGUCUGCGCUUGCGCACUUGCGAUCUCCCUCCCUCCCUGCGGCCACUGGCCAGGGCCCCCGAGGCCCGAUCCGAGCGAGAAGAGGAAGAUGGCGCUCACCAGUUUUUUGCCAGCCCCAACUCAGCUGUCUCAGGACCAGCUAGAGUUAGAAGAAAGGGCAAGAUCUCAGAGGUCAAGACAGACUGCACUGGUGUCAUCACGCAGGGAACCUCCCCCAUAUGGUUAUCGGAAAGGAUGGAUACCACGAAUGCUAGAGGAUUUUGGAGAUGGAGGUGCUUUCCCAGAAAUCCAUGUGGCCCAAUACCCAUUGGAUAUGGGCCGAAAGAAGAAAAUGUCCAAUGCUUUGGCCGUUCAAGUGGAUGCAGAAGGAAAGAUAAAAUACGACGCUAUAGCUCGACAGGGACAGUCAAAGGACAAGGUAAUUUACAGCAAAUAUACAGAUCUGGUACCUAAAGAAGUUAUGAAUGUGGAUGACCCUGACCUGCAAAGACCUGAUGAAGAAGCAGUGAAAGAGCUAACUGAAAAGACGAGAGCAGCCCUGGAGAAAUCUGUCUCCCAGAAAGUUGCGGCAGCCAUGCCAGUCCGAGCAGCUGACAAACUAGCUCCUGCUCAGUACAUCCGAUACACACCAUCUCAGCAGGGUGUGGCCUUCAACUCUGGAGCAAAACAGAGGGUUAUUCGAAUGGUGGAGAUGCAGAAGGACCCCAUGGAACCUCCAAGAUUCAAGAUUAACAAGAAAAUUCCUCGUGGGCCACCUUCUCCUCCUGCUCCUGUAAUGCACUCCCCUAGCAGAAAGAUGACCGUGAAAGAGCAACAAGAGUGGAAAAUUCCUCCAUGCAUUUCAAACUGGAAAAAUGCAAAGGGUUACACUAUUCCAUUAGACAAGCGUCUGGCUGCAGAUGGCAGAGGACUGCAGACUGUUCAUAUUAAUGAAAACUUUGCCAAGCUGGCUGAGGCUCUCUACAUUGCUGACAGAAAGGCUCGUGAGGCUGUGGAGAUGCGUGCCCAGGUGGAGAGAAAGAUGGCACAGAAAGAAAAGGAAAAGCAUGAGGAAAAGCUCAGAGAAAUGGCCCAGAAAGCCCGAGAGAGGAGAGCUGGAAUCAAAACCCAUGCUGAGAAAGAGGAUGGAGAAGCUAGAGAGAGGGAUGAAAUCAGACAUGACCGUCGCAAAGAGAGACAGCAUGACAGGAAUCUUUCCAGAGCAGCCCCUGACAAAAGGUCAAAGCUGCAGAGAAAUGAGAACAGAGAUAUCAGCGAAGUUAUUGCCCUGGGUGUUCCCAACCCUCGGACAUCCAAUGAGGUCCAGUAUGACCAGAGGCUUUUCAACCAGAGCAAGGGUAUGGACAGUGGAUUUGCUGGAGGAGAGGAUGAAAUUUACAAUGUCUACGACCAGCCUUGGAGAAGCGGUAAAGACAUGGCCCAGAACAUCUACAGACCUAGUAAAAAUGUGGACAAAGACAUGUAUGGAGAUGACUUAGAGGCUCGAAUAAAGACUAACAGGUUUGUUCCAGAUAAGGAAUUUUCUGGCUCAGACCGUAGACAGAGGGGCAGAGAGGGACCUGUUCAAUUUGAGGAAGAUCCUUUCGGUCUGGACAAGUUCUUGGAGGAAGCCAAACAGCAUGGGGGUUCUAAGAGGCCCUCUGAUAGUAGCCGCCCUAAAGAACAUGAACAUGAGGGCAAGAAGAGGAGGAAGGAGUGAAUAAACUGUCCUAAUUGAGUACCAAGAAUGGACUAUAAACUGGGACUUCAUGCUCAUGAUAUUUUUAAUCUAUCAGCAGUGGAUGGUUACACAUGAAGCAGUUUAGCAGUUCUGUGCAGUGUAGACAGAUGUGCAUAAUGAUUCUUUUAAGUUCUAACUAGGACAACCACCCAUGAAGAACAGGGGAGGGGGAAGAUUGUUUUGAACCAUUCAGGGGCAUAUUAUCUUUAUGCAGGGCUUUAGCUAUGCUACUCCCCUGUGCCCUAUCAGCACUCACAAGAGCUCUGUCCCAGCAUCUCAGGGUAAGAUACUCUUGCCUGGAGCUUUAGUUUUGUUUUUUUUUAAACUAGCAAAGCUUUUACUUAAUACGAUAGUUCUCCUUGUGUAUAUAGCUAACCCCCUGCUUAUGCUGUAAUAAAUGGAAUUUGGGGGAGCUUGUAGGCUAGAGUUCUUAUGAUUCACUGUUCCCCUCCCAGCUCAAAUAUAAACUAUACAGCCGCAGCAGGGGGAAACAGCUGGAUUCUGUUUUAAAGUCAAAUACUCUCACACUUCCCCUCAGUAAUGUUUAUUUUAGACUUUCUUUACAUGUUGGUGAAAUAAAGUCUCCUGCUGCUGCUAA